AUGUUGAGCCCCGCUUCAGCAAUCAAAGUCACAGUGGCUCUGAUAGUCGCCAACGUCCUGUUCUUCGUCGUCUGGCGCGCAUCCAAGGAAAACCCCUCGUCCCUACUGUUGCUCUCUCCUUUCACAGACUCAUGUAGGGGUUGGCAGCCGGGUGGCACUUCUCCUCCGAACUGCUUGCGCGCACGCCAGUUCCGCGAGUUCCAGGCUUUCCAUGAGAGUGGCAUUGGAAAGCACCUAGACACACCCAACAAGCAGUCGCUCCUCGCCGCCGAACGCUGCGUCCUAGGCAUCACAAAGUGUCCUGAUCGGCCUCUCGUCCUCAUCGACUUCUUCUUCUGGAACCGCGCAAGCCGUGACCUCUGGGGACCCGGUGAGGCCGUAUGGGCAUGGCCAGUCAUUGACGGGAUCCGUGCCGCCGGCUUUGUGCCAAUCUUCAUUAACGGGCGCGAUGAGAAGGGCUUCAUGGGUACUUGGGACCUCGCCCGUGCACUCCCCUCCAGCGUCCACAUGUACAUGACGGAUGCUAACGUCGCCGUCCGGUGUAUUCUCGAUCCCCGAUGUGUCCGGCCAGAGGAUUACGUCCCGCACGCCAACGAGUCACUCCGUUUUCCCGAGGCGCCUGCCGACAAGGUUGGCGUCCUCCCCGCCUGGCGAGUGUUCGGUCUCGGCUUCUGGGGCGCCCGCCCAAAUAAGUGGAAGGGCACGCCGCACCCGUGUCGCGAUUGGGGACAAUGCGGCGAUGAGGAAUGGCCAUUCCACGUCCUGGGCAACAAGUGGGUUCUUACGCCCUAUGCGUAUCCCGGGCACACACACGUUCCCAUGAGCAUCGAACAGGCAUGUCUCGCCCUGCCUCCAGUCACCCAAGAGGUCAAGGACCAAGCCGAUACCGUGCUCGUACUAGCCAAGCUGCCGGUAUACUUCCACGUCGGGCCAGCCAAGACAGCCGUGGCGGCAUUCGGGCGUAUUCGGGACGCCAUCGCCCCAACAAAACUAAGUGUGACGACAAAUAAUAACGAAAUUGAAAGAUAUCCCCUUCCCGAGGCUGUUACACAGUUGGGGAAACAGGAUCCAGAGAUGUACCAGCGGCUAGUGGGCAAAGCUCGCGCUCUUCUUGGAAUCGGGCUGCCUGUGAUCAGUCCGACGCCGUACGAGGCUUUAUGUCGAGGCGUACCAGUCAUUCUGCCGUAUACAGAUCCCAAGAUGCCAACCCCACAACCAGGAUGGAGCAUGUACGGCAUGUCGUACCAGCAUGGUCCGCUGCAGGCGCUCGGCGAACCAUAUGUGUACAGCUACAAUGUACAUGACCCCGACGAUCUGCUGGACAAGCUGCAGCGGGCGCUACGCACGCCGAUUGAGCCGUUCAUCCCAGAAGACAUGAAGACUGCAGCCGUUCACGCCCGCAUACGCGAGGUCCUUCUCCACGACUGGCAGGGCAAGUAUAACCGCAUCCUCCAUGAGCGUGGCGGGCGUAUGCCGUCGUACCCCGACGAGAUGAUCGACAAGUGUUUCUACGGCACCCACCUCGCACCUUGUUCGGGCAAGUACGCCGUGGCAUAG